AUGCUGCUCUCGGCGGCCAGCCUGCAAGUCUGGGCGUUGACGGGCGUCGUCAUCUCCUGCAUCUUUGCUCGGCAUGGGGUCGCCGCCGCGGCAAUCUACUGGGCGCUCACUUCGGUCGCGCUGACGGCCGACACGUCGCUGCAGUCGCUGCAGCUGCUCAACCUCGCGGUGGUGGUGUACGACCUCUCGUCCGAUCUCCAGCGCGUCUACCACCUGGCGCGCGAUCCCCGGCGGCAUCGGCGCCGCCGCGCGGCGCUCGGCGCCGAGUGGCUGCUUGAGCUGCUUGAGAGCGAGGUGGACGAGAGCGGCUCCGCCAAGCCGCACAGGUUCUGCCGCGCCGCUUGCUCGCUGCUCGUGCCGACUCUGACGUGCGUCCUGCUCGCCACGGGCUGCCGCCUCCUCGUCGCCUCGUCGCCCCUCCUGCUCCAGCCGCGCGAGCUCGUCGGCAGCUUGCUCGACCCGUGGCGCUCCGCAACCUCGCUGCCGAGCGGCUUCUUCAGUCAAGCGAUCGGCUCGCGGUGCGUCGGUCUCGCCGACUGCAUCUACCCGCGCAUACACGGCGUCUACGAGCGGACGGGCCGCAGCUGCCAAGACAAGCCCGUCUACCGGCAGCGGUCCACGAUCGACUCCCUCUUUCUGCACUCGCCCGGCUUCGAGCACCAGUGGAACAUCGGCCCGGAGCGGUACUCGGUGGCGGAGACGGCGGAGGAGCUCGACAACAGCACCUGGUUCGAGACGAGCCCCACCUCCUCCUGGGACGGCAUCUUUCUCGAGGACGGGUCUUGCAACGGCAAGCCGGCGUACACCCGCGCCGUCCGCUACGGCCGCGCAGAGGGUGGCAACCCGCCCGCUUCGCUCUACUCGCCGGCGCGCCGCAACUCGUGGCUGAUCGGCACGGAGCCGUGCCGCUCCAACGGCUGGGUCGAGGUGCGCUCCAUGGCCGAGCGUGCAGAGCUCCUACAGGCGGGCUCCUCGGGGCCGUGGCAAGAGUUCAAUGGCGCGCGGCGGGGCCGCAGGGCAGCCGCGUCUCGCAGUACUGCAGCGACUGAGGAUGCUCCUCGCUCCGCGCUAGGCUCGGCGUGGUCCCGCUCAGACGCCAUCCGCGCGCUGACGCACUGCGGCGCUUCCACCGGCUGCGUGUACAUCUUCGGCUCGCGCUACCAGCCCCACACGCACGGGCUCUACAUGCCCACUGACCUGGAGUGCUCUGGCGUGCCCGUCUACGAGCACAUGCAGGACAAGCACAUGCAGCAGGCGGACGGCGGCAGGCCCGCGAGCGAGGCGUCGGACGAGGGAGGCCUCUACCUGUACUCCCCGACGGGGCGCGAGUCGCGGAUGACGCACUUGCUCACCUCUCCCCCAGCUCUCCUCAUGUCCCCCCCUCUCUUCUCUAGGCGCGAGUCGUGGAUGGUCGGGCGCGAGGUGUGCAAGCCGUCGGGCUGGCUCGAGCUCCACUCCGGCGCGUCGCUCCUCGAGGGCAUCGGCGGCGUGUGGCGCGAGCACGUCCCGGGAGGGUCGUGGCGAGUCAACGCCGAGAUCAAGCUGCAGCUCCACCCGCUGCAGGACGUGUUCUCCGGCUUCGCGUACGCGGACGGGCGCGCCUCCCUGCGCGACCCGCACCGCGUGCUCUGGCGGGUGACGUCGCUCCUCUCGGACGAGGUCGCGCCCCCGACCGACGACGAAAAGGCGCUGGUCGAGGGCCUCCGGUCGGUCAGCCCGCCCUCCUCGCAUCCCAGCGCGGCCCAGCGGCUACGCCGCAUGCGGUUCGGCGGGGCACCCGACGCGGCGCAGGUCGACGGGGAGGCGGCGCGCGGCUCGGCGGGGAGGGCGCCCCGUGGUGCGGCGUCGAGGAGCAUCCGCGAGCUGGGCAGGCGGCUGCGGCAGGCGGCUGCCGACGCGGCCGGGCGCACGCUCAGCGAGGAGGACCACGAGGACGGCCGCGUCUGCGGCGACCUCGCCGCGGAGCCGUCCCUCGAGGGCGGGCGGCUGCUCUUCGUCGAGGUUGCGGCCAGCCGCGGUCUGGCGGAGCGGCUGUCCAGCCUCGGCUGGCACUUCGCGUGGACGAGGGCGGCGCACUACAACGCGGCCGGGGUGAGGCGCUGGCUCUCGACGCUCGAGUCGGUCUCAAGCCGCCUCCACCCCGUGAGGAGGCGCGCCGAGGGGAGGGCGACGGAGGGCAACCGCACCUCCGAGCCGCUCGGCCUGAGGGCGUGGCGAAAGGUUGCCUUCACCGCCGCCGACAUUGUGGACUUGCGCGAGGCGUGCGCCGCUCACUCCCUCGAGCUGGACGCGCUGACGCUCCUCACGGCGGAUCGGGUGCAAGCGCUCCCGAUGGCGUCGCUCUCCCUCACUCCGUCCCUCCUCUCCGUCGUCGCCACAUGCGUCCUCUCGCGCCAGCUCGGCCAGCUGCUCGUCGGCGCGGCUCUUCUCGCGCCCGCGCUCCUCCUCGCGUGGGUGUGCCGCCUCUUCUUCGCCGGCGAGCCCGUCGCGGCGCGCCUGAAGUCGCUCCUCGAGUCCGGCUGCCUCGAGGCUGCCGCGCAUCUCAUCGCGUGGUCUCCAUCACCGCUGCGCGCCGUGCUGCUCCUGUCCCUGGCGCGGCCGCCAACGGAGUCGCUCGUCGACCCGCCAGCACGGCCGGCCGAGAGCAGUGCACCGGCGCCGGCGAACGACGACGAGCUCGGGCGGAAGGAGCGGCGACCGAAGCCCGCCAAGGAGCCUUCCGGCCGGAGCAGAGGCGGAGACGCGGCGGCGCGUGCCGUGCCCCGCAGGGGCUCCGAGUCUGCGGCGCUGCCCCGUCCAAGCCGCGCCGAGCCGGUCAAGGCGAGGCAGGGCGGCGACAGCUCCUCGGGGAGGCGGUCCGGGCCAGAGGCGAACAGGGGCGCCUCCGACGUCGCGGACAGCCUCUCGGCUCGACCUCCUGUGGCCCUCGCCACCGCUUCGGGCGAGUCCAGCUCACGCGACGCGGGCGCCGUCGCUGCGGCAGCGUUACGCCGGCCGCCGACCUCCUCCGCCUCGGACGGUGCGCGCGCCGAGGGUCGACAGGCGCUGGCGCCUCGCCCCUCGCCGGACGCGGCGGCGAAAGCGAGCGGCGUGUCCGACGUGGCUGCGGACGGCGAGGAUGCCGUCGUGGUGGGGCGGCGGACCGCGUCGGACGCGACUACUCCCGCUUCGCCCGCCGCGGCGCCCGAGCGAGGGGGCAGUCCGGACCGGUUCUGCUUCUCCGACGCUUCGCUGGCGGAGCAAGCGGCGCUCUCUGUCUUGGAGGACUUCCCCUUCGACCUGCCCGACGGGCCAGGCGCUGGCCACGAGGCCCGCUCGACGAACCCGCACCAGCCCAACCCGCACCACUCGCCGCUGGCGGGCGGCAGCUUCGGCGGCAGCUUUGCCGCGGCAUUCGGGCCCGGGCUCGGCACGACGGCGGGGGCGGGCAGCCCAACGUUCGGUGGCGCGGGCGGCGGCGGCGGUGGCAGCGUGGUGAUACCGGCUCUGCCGCCGCUCUUCGACUUGCCGGCCGCGGCGAGCUCGAGCAGUCGCGACGGCCUCAAUCCGUUUGGCCCGCCCGCCCGGGGCGACGACGUUGAGAAGGUUGUGGCGGGGCUCUCGAAAGCGGAGCUGCUGGAGGCGCUGCGCAAGCUAGAAGAGGCUGAGAUGCGGCACUACACAGAAUGA